AAAUAAUUACAAAAUGUUUCGUAUGCCACCACAAGUUGACCCCGCUGAGGAGAAGAAACGCGUCCAGGCUGAUGUUAGAAAUAACUUCAUAAUGUUUACUGUUUUAUGCGCUGCCAUUAGAUUGGCUCCCUUUUGCAUUGGAAAAGUGAUGAACCAAACCGCCUAGCACUUGGAUAACAUUACCUGGACACAAAUAGCUUCUACUUUAUACAGUAAAGCUGUUUCGUUACUAUCGAAAUAGUUUGA